UCCUUAAGAUUCUGAUUUGAUAUCUUCAUUCGUAUCUCUCUUUCUCUUCUGUCAAAUAUUUUCCGUAUCUUCUCGAAAUCAACAUCACAUCCCCCAUAUAUAUAUAAUUCACUUCACAAACUCACAAAUUCAUAAAAACAAAUACAAAUUCAUAAAAAGAAAUUCUUCUUACAAUCAAACAAUGGAUACUCAAUUUCAUGUUUUAGCUGUUGAUGACAGUAUUAUUGAUAGAAAACUCAUUGAAAGACUUCUCAAAACUUCAUCUUAUCAAGUUACUGUUGUUGAUUCUGGAAGUAAAGCUUUGGAGUUGCUUGAAGUAAGAGAAACGGGAGUGAAUUUGAUAAUUACAGAUUAUAGUAUGCCGGAAAUGACUGGUUAUGAUUUAUUGAGGAAAGUUAAAGGAUCAUCUUAUUUGAAGGAUAUUCCAGUUAUAAUUAUGUCAUCGGAAAAUGUUCCAUCAAGGAUUAAUAGAUGUUUAGAAGAAGGAGCUGAAGAGUUUUUUCUGAAGCCAGUUCAACAAUCAGAUGUUAACAGAAUUAAGCCUCAUUUAAUGAGGGAGAAACCUAAUUCUCUAAAGAGAAAAGCUAUGGUUGAAUGCAUUUCACCUGACAGAACCAGAAAAUACAGCAGCAACAACAACAACAGUUUAUGUAGCAUCUUUUUGCAGAACAUUUGUGAGUGAAGGGGAAAUUGUUUCAGAGAAACAUAUUCAGUGUAAUCUCUCGCUCGCAAUUGAGAUCUCAGAUCUGAGAUCUAAGAAGGGCUGGGCAGAUCCAGAUCGAGGUGUUUAUAUCAAACAGACGAAUUUAAAAGAAUUAUCGAAGAAUUAUAGAAAAAAAUUUGUUGAAGAUGGAUGGGAAGUGACUGGAUUAACACUUUGUUUAUAUCAAUCAAGCAGAUCUGAUCUGAUUUGGGACUAAUUUAGCCCUAAUUAUAUAUAUACAAUUAUACAUAGGACUUAGGAGUAGUACAUAAUUUCCUUUUUGUUAUUAUACAGAAUCUAAUUGAAAUUCAUUAACCAUGUUUACCUUUUGUAUAUCCAAUUUUAUGCAAUUUAAAUGACUUAUUCCAA